UUGUCGUUCGUGGGCUGGAUCCGCCUCUGCUCGGCUUGCCUGUCAAUAGCGGUGUAGCUCCGCCUCUCGCUGGAACAGCAGAGUAGCAGGCAGAGAGAGUAAAUAGAGAAAGCCCAAAGAUGGCGGAGUCACUGAGCUUCAUCCACUUUGCAGCCACCGACAAAAACACGCUCCAGAAAUCCAAGGAACCCAAAGGAGCGCCGGAUAGUAUACCGCAGUCUUCCCGGGAUCAUCACCCACCGCCGCCCAAAAAAGUCCGAAACGAAGAGAAGAGUCUUAAACCCAAGAAACUAAAUGGAGAAGGAGGUCGAGCUGGUGCAGUCGAGAAGCACCAGCAGCAGCAGCAGCACCAGAAACAGAGUUAUGGCAGCCCAACAACAUGGAGCUUCAAUGCCAUUAAGACGAACACUUCAACUCAGCCGACCCAGACACCUCUCCAUAAAGUCUUCACGCCCAGCGCCUUUCAGUCUACCUCCAACAAGCCUAAAAAGCCCAAGGAGAAACUGGAGAAGGAAAAGGAGAAAAAGAAACACAAGCCAGUCCCAGAAAAUAACAGCCUUGCUGGGAUGAAGAAGGAAAACGGGGCGGAGAAGUUGGUGCAGAAAGAUCAGAAUAAUAAAGAAAAGGAGAAAGAUAAAGACAAGAAGAAACACAAAGUUAUGAAUGAAAUUAAGAGGGAAAAUGGAGAAGUGAAAUUGCUGCAGAAAGGAGAAAAGGAAAAGCCAAAAAUAAAUGCAGAAGAGCUGCAAAUCAAAAAAGUGAAGAAGAAAAAGAAAAAGAAACACAAAGAAGCCGAAAAAAGAAAACGACCCAAAAUGUACAGCAAAUCCAGUCAGACUGUAUGCUCAGGACUUGGAUCUGACUCCAUUGGUCAAGGAGCCAAACCAAGCAAAGAGGAGGAUCGUGACACCAAACCAUCAGCCGACCUCUUCCAAGAGGAUCCCAGCAUGGAGAAAAAGGACUGCAGUCCACCCAGUGCCAAGCCCCCAGAAAGCAGGGACCCUCCCUUCAUCUCCUUAAAGAAACCCAAGGUUCAGACCCAGAUACCAGGGUUGGACAACUUGGAGUUCAAAAGGUUAAUUCACAUAGAGCAGCAGCCUAACGGAGGGGCCUUAGUAGUGCAUGCUUACAGCAAAGAGCUGUCUUGCCUGUCUCCUAUGGAGAUGCAGAGGUUUGCUGAAGAGUUUGUUACACUGUCGUUUAGUGAAGAUGAGAAUUGUGCAGCUUAUUACGUAAUGGGUAUAAUUCAUGGGGCAGCUAUGUACCUGCCAGAUUUCCUGGACUACUUUUCUUUCAACUUUCCGAACUCUCCAGUGAAAAUGGAAAUCUUGGGAAAGAAAGAUAUCGAGACAACUACUAUGUCAAACUUCCAUGCUCAGGUAAAAAGAACCUACUCGCAUGGGACGUACAGAGCUGGUGCGAUGAGACAGAUCAGCCUGGUGGGAGCUGUGGAUGAAGAAGUAGGAGAUUACUUCCCAGAAUUCAUCAGCAUGUUGGAAGACUCACCCUUUUUAAAACGAACAUUACCCUGGGGAACAUCUUCUAGUCUUAAACUAAAGAGCCCUACAGACAGCGAUGAUGGGCCCAUCAUGUGGAUACGUCCUGGAGAACAGAUGAUUCCUGUAGCUGACAUGCCAAAGUCACCUUUUAAAAGGAAAAGGACUACCAAUGAAAUCAAAAACCUCCAGUACCUACCUCGGGCCAGCGAGCCCCGUGAGAUGCUGUUUGAAGACAGAACUCGGGCCCAUGCGGACCACAUAGGGCAGGGCUUUGAACGCCAGACCACAGCAGCAGUGGGGGUCCUCAAGGCAGUACACUGUGGAGAGUGUCCUGAUCCACCUCGAAUUACCAAAGAUGUGGUUUGCUUUCACGCUGGAGAUUUCUUGGAGGCAGUGCAAAGACUGCAGUUGGAUCUGCAUGAACCCCCACUGUCACAGUGUGUACAAUGGGUUGACGACGCAAAGCUUAACCAGCUUCGACGGGAAGGAAUCCGAUAUGCUAGGAUCCAGCUUUACGACAAUGACAUUUACUUUAUACCCCGCAAUGUUGUGCACCAGUUCAAAACGGUCUCGUCCGUCUGCAGCUUAGCUUGGCACAUACGCUUGAAACAAUAUCACCCAGAGGCAGAGGCGUCCAAUAAUUCCAAUGAAUCUGAAGAAGGGACAGAAACAAAAGCAUCUCUCGAACCCACUGGUGUCAAACUAGAGGCCAGUGAGUGUACAGCAAGCACCAAUACCUCUGUAGACUUUAAACCUCAGCAACAAAGAAAAGAUCCUAAGGACACUAAACUUCCAGAAAUCAAAGUGGAAUCUGUAGACUGGCUUCUGGAAAAGAACACAAAGCCUGCAGAGGUCACACAGCCACAAAGCAAAGUGAAAUCCCAUCACUCUGAAUGUCGAACCACUUCAGCAAAGCAGCUGCACAGUGUGUUGGCAGAGACACAGACAGAAGUCAGUACCCCAGGAUCUCAGUCCAGGAAUGAGAGAUCAAAGGACAUGCUGUACACAAACACUCCUGAAGACACAAGACCGCACCCUUCAAUAAAACACCACCUGCAUGAGCAGCAGAAAGACUUUUUAUACUAAUUUGUACAUAUUGUUUUUAAAUCUUUGUUUUUAUGAUCUUCAACAGUGUGGUGUACUACAUGGAAUAUGUAAGCUCUGUGGGGCAGGCUUGCGACUUGCUCUCUACUCUGUUACCGAAUGAAUACAUAGCAAAUGUAGCUUGUAACACAUUCCUCAGUGCCUGUCCGUAACUGUGAACUAUCAAAGCACUUAGGGCCAGCUGCACGGUUACACUGCAGGUUUUAAAUAAACAGGUCCUUAAAUAAUAUAUUUUUAAGUUGUAGGUUUUAGAUGUAUUAGAGCUGACAUGAACAUAUAUAUUUUUUGUAAGAUGAGCCAGAAUUCUUGACUCCGGGCUUUUCCAUAGAGCUUAUUUAUAUCAAAUUGUUUUCCAUUUGAAAUGUGUCAGCACUGUAGUGUAAAUAACUUUUUUUUUCUUUUUUUUUUUUUUUUUUUUAAACUUGUAGUGUGGUUUAUACUUAAAUAAGAACCUCCUAAUAAAGGUUCAGAAAAACGGAAUGUUGUUGAAACAAGGGCUACACUGAACAAUCCAGUACAUAAGAUUAAGUGACCCAAAGCAAGGUAGGUUCAUAUGGCUGAUUUAAUGCUCUUCCAUGACAUGAUCAUGAUACACAGAGAGAUACAUAAUUGUCAUUUUUUCUGAAAAAGGCACUUGCAUAGAAGCUAUGAGGCUUGCAAUCACCGUAGAAGAAGCAUUUUGCUUCAGAACUUGUACACUUUGACAAUAUUAAUACUGUAGAGGGGGUGGGGGGGAGGUAGAGCAAGUUGUGUAACCUUUUAGUUUGAUGGUCUUUUUAAAAACACCAUAUAAGACUUAUUUUUCUAACAAUAAUGUGUACCUUGUAACCCCUUGUUAAAUAUAGGCGGCAUUCCUUGUAUCAUGUUAAAUUUGUAAAUGUAUUUACUUAAGGCAAUUUUCAGAUUCACUCCAUUAUUCAGGUUGAAAAAAAUAAGCAUUUCAGAUUGAUAACUAUUUUUUAUAAGAAGUGAUAUGCUAAGAUCAGCAUUGUAAAGUUAGUCUAAGGCAUCUGUUGCUACAUAGUACAUCUGUAUGUACCAAAAGUAAAGUUUAAAAAUGUACAUAUUGAAGUUCAGCUGAAUUUUGUUAAUUAAAUGUGUAUUUUCAACUUCACACUUUUUAUUUGUGGCAAUCCUAUGCCCAGCAGUGUAACCAUCUCUGUACAUAUACAUGUACUGUGUACAAAGAUAGGUUCAGAGUGAAACAUUAAAAGUAUCGGGCUAAAGAUUGAAGUUGCUGGAUGUAAAAGACACCAGUUGCAUAAACUAUACUCCCAUGCAAACAGAAUCUGUGUAGUUACUGCUUUAGAAAAAGCUGUGAUAAUGGAGUGAAUUUAGUGUCAAAAACAAGUAAAAAGCUUAAUUGGGGGAUUAAACUUUGGGGAAUCGCGGUUCAGCUUAUUAGCAUCAGGAUAAUACAUAUUUAGAAAAGAACUGCACUCCUAUCAGCCAUUCAUCCUCUUCCCACCCUUAAUCUAUACAUUUUCAAUCGCAUUUCAGCUUUGCUGCUGCCUUUAUUUGUAUUUGGUUUACAUGUUACAUUUCAAGGAUCAUGUUUAUUUUUAAUGAACUAUUAAAGGGGGGGAGGGGGGUCACCACCCUGCAUUAAGUUCUCAGUAAAGCCAGAAUGCAGUUCAGCUUCCAAGUUAUUUUGAAUUUCUUCAAAAUACUUGAAAGAAUUGUCUAAUUUGAGGUUAAAACCAGGUAACAGUGGCCACAGAUGUACAUAUAUAUGCAAGAUCUGUAGACUUAAAUGUGAUUAAUUUAGGUCUAGAUUCUCUUAAGUCAGAUCAGAACCAAUUGUUAAUCAUGCCAGUUAUUUUGCAGCAUACCAGCUAUGACCAAGAUAGAUAAAUGUAUACAAUUGAUACAAACAGAUGGAAUGUAAAGUUUCUUACAUGUCUAAAUUAUUAAACGUGUUUUAGCUUUGGUGAGAA